AUGGGAGGGCAGUCGUCCAAGGCAGCUUCGGGCGGCGAGGAGACAGACGGCGAAGGGCGCAAGAGGAGAAGGGAAGACGAGGACACCCCGCACAAAUCACCCACCACAACUGCAAAGAAAGGACGCCAGCGGCAUCCCAAGAAGAAAGCUCGUCCUGCUGCAAUCCAACGUACCUUCAAGGUGUGUCUGGCACCUGACGACGUGCGCCGCUUCACCAUCCCUCUGGGUCUCUGGGUAUGCAUCAACGCUGUUCACUGUGCCGUGACGAGCACCACCUGGGCAAUACUGAAACUUGGACUGCUGUGGUGCCAGUCCGAGUUCGAGGAGCUGCUGCGGUCGCAGUACCCGUGGGCGUUCGACCACGCCGAGGGCUGGGUGGUGGCGAUCCGCUACGAAGACGAGAGCGGCGACCUGUGCAUCCUCUCCUCGCAGCCCGAAUGGGACGCGCUCUGCCACAACCCGCUCCUCGGCCGCAUCGUCCGCGUCUUCAUCAACCACG